AUGAUUCAUUUACAAACACCUAAAAAAUUAGAUCAAAAUCAACAUACUUCAACUUCCGGUUCAUCUUCAUCAGCUAUACCUUCAUUUGGAUCUUUACAACAAUCAAAUACAAAACCACCAUAUUCAUCAUCAUCAUCAUCAACAAGAUUUUCAUUACCUCCUUUAUCAUCUAUAUUAUCGAAUGCAAAUACAAGUCAUUAUAAAGAUCAUCCAUUGACAAAUACCAAUAAACAAGUAGUAACAUCAUCAUCUUCUUCAUUUCCUUCAAUUGAUACUUUUAGUACAACUGAUAGUACAUGUUCAAAUACUCCAAUAACUACAUCAUCUCCAUUUUUCAAUAAUAAUGAAUAUAAUCAUCAACAACAACAUUUUCCAAUUCAUUCAUCAUCAUUUUCAUCAAUUUCUUCAAUAUCUUCAUCAUCUGCCACUGCUGCUACCACUAGACCUUCUCCACCUCAAAGGUAUCAUUCAUAUACUACUACAUCAUAUCAACCAAAAACUAUGCCAACACCACCACCUUCAACUAUUUCCAAGUCGCAUUCAUCCAUACAUUUAUCAUCAAAUAAAUCAAUAAAUGAAGAUUCCUCAAUAAUGGAUACAAGUAUAUUAGAAUUACGUAAAUCUAAAACCAACAACUUAAAAUCAAAUUCAUCAUCAUCAUCAUCAAUAGUAACACAAUUUAAAAAUUUAAAUAAUGAAGAUAAUAAACAAAAUAACAAUUCAAAAUCUUAUGCAUUUAUAUCUCAUUCACCAUCAACUUAUCCAUCUCAAGAACCAUCAAUAGAUAAUGCACCAUUAGCAAGAAGAAAAAGAAGAAGAACUUCACCCAAUGAAUUAAAUAUAUUAAAUCAAGAAUUUGAAAUAGGAUCAACACCAAAUAAAUUAAGAAGAAUUGAAAUUGCUUCAAAAGUUUCAAUGACUGAAAAAGCUAUUCAAAUUUGGUUUCAAAAUAAAAGACAAAGUUUAAGAAAAUCAAAUAUUAUUGAAAAAGAAAUUUGUGAAUUACCUGUUGUUAAUAUAAGUAUUAAUCAACAACAAGAAUUACAAGAAAAACUUCGUCAACAACAAUUACAAUCACAAGGAACUGAAGAAUAUGAAGGAUCAGAAUCAGAAGAUACAGAAGAAUCAACAGAAUCAAUAGAAAUUACAAAUCAAAUAAUUGAAAAACCUAUACUUCAUAAUAAUAUAAUUUCUUCAACUCCAUUAAAAACAAAUUUAUCAAUUCCUUUAAUUUCACCAUCACCAAUAAUAACAUCACAACCACAACCACAAAUUCAAUCAAUUCAAAAAGUUGUUGCUCCAAUUCUUAAUAAUAAAUUAAUUGAAACAAAUAAAAAACAACCUUUUGAAUUAAAUGAUAAUAAAGGUACAUCAACAAUGACAUUUAAAUUAAUUCCUUCUAAAUUAACUCAAAAAUUACAAUUUGAAUCUUUGAAUUCUAAUUCUUCAAUAGUUAGAGAUAGAAAAAUUUUAGGUGACUUAACUAAUAAAUUUUAG